AUGGCUGCUGAUGUACCGGAUGCGCACGCGCUCAAAUCAUGGCAGGAGGCGUUCCAGUAUCCGAUCCCCACGGUGCGCCGGAUCGAGCACGAACUUCGCCGUGACAUUGUCAGCAACAAAGAGAAGCUGCGAUCUCUUGUUGGGGUGCGAUACCGAGACCUUCUGGAUACGGCCCAGACUAUCAUGGAGAUGAAUGAGGAGAUGAAGCAAGUUGAACGCAAUUUGUCUGAAGUCGGGAGGCUCUGCAAUCCUGCUACGAUUUCCCGAAAAUCCGACGGCUUGCAUAAAUUACGGGAAGAUAAUCUUUGCAAAGUCUCGUCAGACCGGACGUUCGCCGCACAAUUGACUCUGCUUUUCAAUUGCGCAUCGGCUAUCGCGAGAAUACUCCGUGAGCAUGGUUCGAGUGUUGUCGCUGCAAAGCUCCUCGUGAUCUCACGACUACUUCAUAACAGGCUCUCACAGUGUGCACGAGCAACGAGUUUUGCGGACGAGCUCCGGAACCAACUAGCGCACUUUCGACGUACCCUUUUGAACCGUAUCAAAGUUCGUCUCGCAUCCAUAGACUCAUCUGUCCAGGAUAUAAUAGAAGCCUUGUCUGCCUUCUGUCUAGCCACGAGCUCUUCCACUCACGAUGCCUUCGGCCAUUUCCAUAAGAUUCGAUUGGAUGCCAUUGCAUCCAAAUUUGAACAACCUGGUGCUAUAUGUGAUGCUGCACUUGGUGCUCUAAUGCUUUUUAGUAAUACUUUGCACAGAACCACUGAUAUGCUAUCUGGCCCGCUUUUUGAUGCGAUUAAGAAGCUGUGCAUUCACCCUCUUCUUGGAGACUCAGCCAUUCAAUGCAUGAGCGAACUGGGAAUCGAAAUGGUCCAAUCGUAUAUUCCGAAAGAGAUCCGAAAUUUUACCCCCUGGAUAAAACACGAGCAAAUACCCAAAGAGGCUGCGGGGACAAUAAUCAAAUCCUGGUCCAAAGAGGCUUUCGAUGAUUUAUCCGCCAGGGCAAACAGCAAGCUAUCUAGUUGUGAAAACUUCCAAGAAGUACUCUCAACACGAAACCGCCUCUUAAAGGAAUGGCUACCAGGUUUGAAUUCUACCCCGUGCCACAACCCCAUGGGGAUAUUAGAGGCCAUUCGCACAAUGGCCAAUGAUCAACUUAUUUCUAUUAUUCGAGCGCAAAGCGAGGGAAUCACUGUUGUAGGGAUUGAGGCAUCAAGAAUCAUCUCCGAUUGGCAUGAUACUCAAGACCAGGACCGGGAAUUGUCGUUAUGGGACUCGGAGCUCGUUUUUGCAGACUUUUCGGAUGGCGCUACAACUUUCAAGCGCGAACUGAUGAGAAGGUGCCAAGGCCAUGGUGCUCAUGUAGGGCAGGUUCUGGACAUUUAUCGCAGCUGGCUUGCGACCGUUACGAACCGUUGUACAAUGGUACAGGAGCUUAGGAGCUUGAGAUGGGAGGAUAUGAUGGAAGAUGAUGUUGACGAAGAGCUUCUUGAAGCAAUUCCGGACUUGCUGAAUACCGAUGACCCUCAUCUCCUGAUCACGGAGCAUACAAACGCUCUGAUCAAGGGGUAUAAGUUAUUAGAGACUUCAUUGGAAGAAGCUGUAAAAGGCAUAAGUGGAUCACAUUGCGCAAUGAAGACCGCGUUUCUCCUCCGAAUAAUCCGGGGUAUCAGAAGCAAUGUUCCGAAAGAAGUGGCGCACCAAGACUACAUAUUCGCCCAAGACCUUAUAUCGAGACUUCACAGCGCUCUCGCGGAAGAGGUUGUUUCUAGGACUUCACCCUCAAUAUUGACCAAAUCAAUUAAUCGUCUCGGAUCGAGGUGUGCAGGACGGACACUUUGGGAAGGUAAUCCUUCGCUUCCAACUCAGCCUUCUCAAGUGCUUUUUAUGUUGCUACGCACAUUGGUCAUGGAGAUGGAGCAAGAGGGACCCGAUUUGUGGACCAUGGCAGCCGUGGACGAAUUGAAAUCGCGUUUCAUGGGCCAGGUGGUCUCAGCCAACAAUCCGAAACUUGAGCAGCCGCCUACAUGUGGUGGGACGGAGCAAGACUCUCCAAACGGCACGGAAGAAGGCGCAGAGGAGAAUCAAGAUAAACGGCUUGAGAAUACCCGUGACCACCAAAUUCAACUACUUUUUGACCUCCAAUUCCUAGACCAGGCUUUGCAAACGACAGAUUCAAACACCCAAAGUGGAUUGAGCCCAUUGAUUGACGUUUUGCUGAAGGAGCUGGACUUUUCUGAGGAGUCCAUGGUUACCGUGAAGAAGCGUUCAGAGGAAUACUGGAAUCGUACUCGGAUGCUGUUUGGCUUGCUGGCCUGA